AUGGCAGACGAAAACGGAGACUUCCAACUUUAUAAAUAUACACCAAACCGUGCAGCUGGUAUCGCAUUUGCGGUCUUAUUUGCUUUGGCUACCGUCGUUUUGAUUUAUCUGGUUUCGGCAGCAGCUUUCAAAAGCAAGAAAGUGGCAGGUACUUGGAUGCAUUUCAAUUCCGAUAAUGAAAAGCAAAGUAUACGAUUCUACAUGAUCGGUAAGUUAUACGGUGCAUAUAUUCCAUUGAUUGUCGGUUGUGUCAUUGAAAUAAUUGGUUACAUUGGUAGAAGUAUAUCAAGUAAGCAUCAACAAGAACUUGGACCAUACGUUCUUCAAUCUGUUUUACUAUUAAUUGCUCCAACAUUAUAUGCCGCUUCCAUUUACAUGUUGUUCGGUAGAUUGGCCCAUCUACUAUUUGCAGAAUCAUUGAUGAUUAUGCCUGCCAGGUUUGAAACAUUGAUCUUUGUUCUAGGUGAUGUUGCGAGUUUAUUAAUGCAAGCCGCUGGUGGUGGGCUAAUGGCAAGUGCCGAUUCCGCAACUUCAGGUUCCAACUUGGUCACAGCAGGUCUAUUUGUACAAAUUGCAUUCUUUGGACUAUUCAUUAUCAAUGAAUUCCUAUUCUUGCUGAGAAUACAAAAGGCAAAUAGUAGUAUUCCACCCAGAUGUCCACGUUGGAAAAACUUAAACUUGACUUUACUCAUUACUAGUUUUUUGAUUCUAAUAAGAUCAAUCGUUAGAGCUGUCGAGUUUAUUGAAGGUUACGAUGGACACAUUGCAUCCCAUGAAUAUUUCUUGUACAUCUUCGAUACUACUCCAAUGUUCAUUCUUCCUCUAAUGUUCAUUGCAACCAUGUUUUGGAAUAAUAUUUUCAUCAUUCAAGAAGAUUCAGUCACUGCACAAUUGAAUAGUAUGACACAAGUAACUGUUCAAGAUGACAAUGGUGGUCAUUAUGGUAAUUAUGAUAGUUACGAUAAUGACUCUCAGUCACAGUACGAUGUUUCAAUGGUUUAUGCCAAAGAUACAAUCAAAUAG